AUGCCUAACAACUUACCUGAUUCAAUAGAAAGAUUGAAAGUCCACGCUCAACAAACAAUUCCCUUUCCUUUUACACAAGAAAAUAGAUCUCUAAAUAUUGAAUGGAUCAAGAAAGUGACAGCA